CACUCAUACUGUAACAUUUUUGGUGAUCACUUUCCCAAGCUUCCCAGCCUCAGUAGUGUACUGUGAAGAAAGCUUCACUCCAUGCAUUACCUUGAUGUCCCUCCUCGAAAUAGCAAAAUCAUGUCAAUUCUAACAGCAUCGAACCAAAAAACGCUUUGCAGCCAUCUGAUCAUCGUCUGCUGCCACGCCAUAUACCGGGGUGGACCAACUCACGGCAUCUCCGAGGAUGAAUGGCUGAUAGAACCUUUCCAAAAGGGAGAAACCCCUACAUUCACAGCUCAUAUCAGGGCUGGACUUGAAGCCUUGUCGAAUGACCCGUCUGCGUUGCUUGUAUUCUCAGGAGGCGCUACCAAAAGAAACAUCACCGAUUUAACAGAGGGCGAAUCCUAUCUGAAUCUCGCCAGAGAAAACCAAUACUUCUCCUACCACAUCCCACCUGCACAGAUCAUACCCGAAACACACGCCACGGACUCUUACCAAAACGUGCUCUUUUCUCUACUGCGAUUUAAACAGUAUACGGGCGCCUAUCCGUCCCGAGUGACGGUUGUGACCCAUGAGUUUAAGCGGAGACGGUUCAUGGAGUAUCAUUUUCCGGCUGUUGGGUUGGCUGCUGUUGGGCGGGAGCUUGAAGGUAAGGCUAGAGUGGGUGUUAUUGGGAUUAAUCCUCCUGAAGAUGUGACGCCGGAGGCUUCGUUAAUUGAGGGAGAAGAGAAGCGGGGGAUUGGGUUGUGGACGAGGGAUCGAUAUGGUGUUUUAGCGGAAUUGGCGGAGAAGAGGGCUAAGAGGGGCUGGGUUCGUGGGAUGGAGAGGGGUCUUUUUGUUAAUGUGGGCUUGGAGCCGGUAGUUGAGGAGUUGGUUCGGUGGGAUGGUGGACGGGAUGGGAAUGAGUGGUUUCUUAAGAUGGAGCAAUUGCCCUGGUAUUAGGUAUGGAACUGAAUGUCAUUACUGAUAUGCUCCCGAUUGUAAAAACAUGAAACAAGAGAAGCCCCGAAAAU